AUGGAGUAUCUGGUGCGACUCGCCCAGUGCCAUGAGACAUUUCGGCAACCAGAGCUUCAGGCCGUGGCUACACUGCUUGGCAUUGAAAUGAAGAUAAUUGCCUACAACGAAUUUACACCAUUCUGCGUGGUAAAACUGAAAGACGAAGCCGCGGCGCGUGCGCUGAUAUCGCGCAGUAUCCUGGCAAAAGAUAUUCUUGAACUCUGGGGCCAGGGUACAACCUAUGAAGCAUUACAUGCCGACGUCCAUCGGAGAACGCAACACCGAUGGGCAGACUACCACCGUGUCAAAUACGCACUUGCUGUCGAUUGCUUUGCGGGCAAGCGGAGUACAGCGAAGAAAACCGAGAUCUUCGAGUCAUUCGACUACUUGAAUCUAAAAGGCGAGGUGCGGCUGAAGAACCCCGAUGAGCAAUUUUGCGUCGUCGAAGACUACGUGACAGACAUCGAGGAAAAUGCCAUCGGCACAAAGAGGUCGUCCGAGCCACGGAUGAUUUACUUGGGACGCUGGCUUGCGAAAAGUCCUCGCGACAUUAUCCUGUCUCACAAUCUCAAAAAACGCAAGUACAUCAGUACCACGUCCAUGGAUGCAGAGUUAUCCUUGGUCACGGCCAAUAUGGCUCUUGCAGCUCCUGGGAAGGUCUUCUUCGAUCCUUUUGUUGGGGCUGGAAGCUUUCUGGUGGCAGCCUCGCACUUUGGCGCUCUGACUAUGGGCUCUGAUAUUGAUCCUCGAGCCUUUCGUGGCAAGGAUCACGAGCGUAAAAAUGGAAUGGCAAUGCUGCAGAAUUUUAAGCAGUACAACAUUGUGAGCCAGUUCCUGGAUGCAUUCACGUCGGAUAUUACCAAUACGCCUUUGAGAGAUACCGCGUUGCUGGAUGGUAUCAUCUGUGAUCCUCCCUACGGCGUCCGUGAAGGUUUGCGGGUUCUGGGAACUCGCGAUGGAAAAGUUAUUCCCCCAGUCAUCAUUGACGGCGUUCCUGCUCACUACCGAAAGGGUUACAUCCCGCCGAAAAGACCAUACGGGUUUGAAACGCUACAAAGGGAUAUCCUUGAAUUUGCAGUUCGAAGGCUCGUUCCUAAUGGACGACUAGCCAUGUGGAUGCCGACAGCUAGCGACGAGGCUGUUGAAUUCCCAGUGCCUAUGCAUCCAAAUCUGGAAGUCAUCAGCGUUUGCGUUCAACCUUUCACCAAUUGGUCUCGCCGGUUGAUGAUCUACCGUCGUCUACCAGAAGGAGAGAUUUCCGAUGUCACACAAGGAAGAAGCAAGACAGACGGUGAGGGUGUAUCGGCUGAUGACCUCAAUGCGUUCCGAGUAAAAUACAAUAAGCGCAACGCUUCCAGAGGAGAUGAGGAGGAACAUGCAUCUCAAUGA